GGGGGGCGUUGUAUGACUGCUUCCGGGUUGCUGGAUGACCUUGAGCCUGCAGUAGCGAGAUGGCGUGUGUCUGGAGGCUGAGUGUCCUGUGCAGUGCCCAAGGAGGCCGAGUUCUCCUCCGAACCCCAGUGGUCAGACCUGCUCAUGUCUCAGCAUUUCUUCAGGACCGACCUACCCCAGGAUGGUGUGGAACGCAGCACAUUCACCUGUCACCCAGCCGCCAUUCUGGUUCCAAGGCUGCAUCUCUUCACUGGACUGGUGAGAGAGUUGUCAGUGUUUUGCUCCUGGGCCUACUUCCGGCGGCUUAUUUGAACCCUUCCUCUGCGAUGGACUACUCCCUGGCUGCAGCACUCACUCUCCAUAGUCACUGGGGCCUUGGACAAGUUGCCACUGACUAUGUCCAUGGGGAUGCAUUGCAGAAGGCUGCCAAGGCAGGCAUUUUGGCACUAUCGGCUGUAACAUUUGCUGGGCUUUGUUAUUUCAACUAUCAUGAUGUGGGCAUCUGCAAAGCCGUUGCCAUGCUGUGGAAGCUCUGACCUUUUGACUUCAUACGUUGAACAUUGAUUGUACACCUCUUUGCCUCUGCUCUGUCAUGCCAUUCAACUCACAAUAAGAAGGAAAUAAAAGAUAAGUCCAUUGGUGAGAUAAAUCUCUUCUAAUCACUUGGUAAUUCUUACAAUUUAAUCUUUGAGGAAAAGGUUUGUGAGGAAUUGUAUCCAAGAAAUUGUGAGAGUGACUUCUUUAUUCUGGUGAGUUAGUAGAGUUGUCUCCCAGCUUCUCACAAGACUCACAGUAUAAUUAAACAUAUAUGAGCUUUUGCAUUUUAAUUUAUCAAACUCUUAAAGGAAAUUAGCUUUAUUACUGUCAAUACCUGAUCAAACUUCUGUAUUUGUCCUGGGAAUGAUGGAGAGAGGGAAGGACUGUUAAUUCAUAUUUGAAAACUCCCCCCUCUGUUCAGUUGAUACCAGUUACUCAUGGUUAUGUGUCUUUGGGAAACUAAAAUUAGGAAACAUUAAUAUUUCACAUUACUAAUUUCUAAAUCCAAAGAAAAAGAGCCUGGAGAGCUUCUGAAUAUAGAAAAGUUCCAUGUAGGGAAGAGGUUUCCUAUUAGAUGUAUUAAAAUAUAACAGAUUCCAAACUGAGAUUUAAUCCUCAAAUGUGUUCAUUAUACUUGUCCUGAAAUAAUCUGUCCACAAAUAUAAGACUUUCAAUAAUAAAUUGUUAUUUCCCCACUGUGGGAAUCUAAUGUGAAAAUGUAUUCUACGAAAAUAAAGUUUAAAAAAAGUAAUAAAAUUAGACAUAAUAAAAAUGUAUUCUACUCUUU